AGCUGAAAUUGUGAGUCGAGAAAUUGCGUGACGUCAUCAUGGACCCUACUUGCCAAGAAUGUAACCUUGGAACGUAGUAGCGAAGUAGCGACAAAUAUCAUUUUUCGGACAUUUAGUUGGUCAAAACAAUAAUUAUUCAACAACAUCCAGCUUCAUAAUCAGGUUUCAAUAUCUUAUUGGAACGCAGUCGCUGAUAUGUCGCGUCAUGAAGGGGUCAGCUGUGAUUCGUGUCUGAAGGGAAACUUUCGAGGGAAACGUUACAAGUGCCUGGUUUGUUACGACUAUGACCUCUGUGCGACCUGUUAUGAAGCAGGGGCCACUACGACACGACACACUGCUGACCACUCCAUGCAGUGCAUUCUUACAAGGAAUGACUUUGAUUUAUUCUAUGGAGGAGAGGCUCUGACAGCAGAGCAAACACAGGCUUUUACUUGCCCCUACUGUGGUAAAAUGGGAUAUACAGAAGCUACCCUACAGGAGCAUGUUACCUCGGAUCAUUCGGAUGCUUCCACUGAAGUUCAGGUUUGUCCUAUAUGUGCUGCUCUGCCAGGAGGAGACCCAAACUACGUCACUGAUGACUUUGCAGAACAUUUGACCUUACAGCACAGAAUCCCAAGAGAAUUUGAUGAACCUGUUGGUAUCCGACAUGUGAGGAGAAUCCCUCAUCCUGGGCGUGGUGUAGGGGGAAACCGAUCUAGGAGAGCAAAUAUGCACUUUUCUUCGGGAGGAACUUCAUUGACUGGGCUCUCUCCAGGAGGGCGGGAAACGAUGGACCCAAUUGCGGAACUUUUGUCUCAGCUUUCGAGUGUGAGGAGUCGUGCAGCUGCAGCCCAGAGUGUGUCCUCACAACUACAACAGCUGGAGAUGCAGUUACAGUCAACUAGGUAUUCAUCUAAUUUCAGACAACAACUGGAGCGUUUGCCAAACAGACGUACAAUGGAAUCGGGAAAAUCCAACAUUACCAAUUCUUCAACUACUGGCAUCAGCACAGAACUGCAGAGUCAAGGAGGCAGUACCAACCAAACCACCGUUAACACAGACUCGCCAUACUUAUUAGCCAGGUGCCUCGACUCUUCUGUGACAGAGUCGGAACAGAGUAUAUUUGAAGAGCGGGAGGAUCGUGGUGCAUUUGUGCAGGAACUGUUAUUAUCCACAUUGACAGAACAGUUACACUUAGAACAGGACUUGGAAGUAUUAAUAGCGGGUGGUAGUUCAAAUGAUUCAGUCAAAUGGAGUAACAAAUUACCCACGGCUACGUCAAACGAAGGUGAUCAACAUACUAGCACAGGAGGCGCUAGUCCUUUACAUCAACAACAAAACACAAAUAGCCUGGGCAAGGACUCAGGUUCUGCUGCGAUAGCGAAGUCUGUGUUACCUGAGAGAGGCAACCAACUGCAACCAACACAGAAACAGCAUGCAGGAGGAGGAGGCGGCGGAGGAAGCACAAUGGUCAAUCUUUCUCGACAAAGUCAGGGGCACGCAUUUCAGAGUGUUUCUCUUCGACAAAAUCAUGGAUCGAUGUCAAGUGGGAGUCAAGUUUAUAAUUCACUUCCAGGCUCAAAUGCAGUUCAGGCUCUAGCAGGGGCUGGGAUCGGCGCUGGAAACCUUCAUCCCCUUCCUGGAAGGCCAGGGUCAGGGGGUAGAGACAGAGACGGCCGUGUGAAUCCGGCCGCAGCAAAAAAGAAUAUGUACAAACAGUUACCAACAUCUCAAGCUACUGAUCGUGAGCCCCCACCCCACUGAGGCUCUGUGUCUGGCAAUUGGGACAGGAUUAAUGAAAAUGAUACAGACACUUCGCUUCUUUAUUCAGAAUAUCUUCAUUUGAACUGAGUGUCUGAUGAAGUUGGAUAAUUAUUAUUACAUAGUUAUUGUUGAGGCUAUAUUUAUUGCUUACAAUAGCAACAAAAGUUGCUGCAUUAUGUACUAGUAAUUGUACUGGUUUUAUUUUAAUUUUUUUUUUCAAAUAACAAAAACCAGAGAAACAUUGAUGUCUUCAUUGAUGCUUCGGCAUUGUGUAGUUCCAUAUAGUGUGUGAGAGAGGGAUUCAAAUCACAUGCCAAAUAUGCGCUGGUGUGUGCUAACAAUUACCACUUCCGUGUCCGUGUUUAACCGUAUUGUGAUGUGUUAUCCUUGGGUCACAACAUAAUGUCAUAUAGAUGUGCACAUUGGUAUAUGAGGACAUGAAAUCUGCAUCCCGAGUCAUUCUGCCAAGAUAUUGUUCUUAUUUUUUUUAAUAUCAUAUUUAAAGGAUUGCCACUGAGGUGAAAAGAUAUCAAUUGAUCAUAAAAUAGAGGCAUCUUAUUCCUGAUAUCAAGGAUAUAUUGGAAAUCAAUUGAUAAGAAUAGUGUCAGGAAUACAAUUGCUAACGUUUGAAGAUAUAAAGGUUUGAAGAGUUCGUAAUAACAGGAUAGCUUUACUUAGGAUAUAUGCUUACUUUUGAAUUGUUGCUGGAUUAAGGAUUUGAUGUAAAAGACUUUACACAUGUUCUGUAAAACUUUGAGCACUUAUACAUUAGACAGAUCAAUACAAACACUAAUAAUGAAAGGAAACUAUCCUGUUUUAUGCUAAAACUAUGCUGAGCAUCACUUGAUAGUUCUGAAAUUAAGAGAUGUUACUUUGCAUAAGACCUGUUUUAAGUCACUCGGCGUGUUACCGGAGACAUGAUCUCUGCUUAGCCAUCAGUCCAGCUGUUUGUGUAUAUUAUCAAUGAUACAUUUUCUGUGAUAUUAGCCUAUGCUGUCUGUGUGUAAGUGAAAUAUAUUGUAUGUCGAUACCAAAUCAGAUUUUAUCAGAGACCUUUCACGAGCUAAGUGUAUGCUGUUCAUGUUGGAGAGACAGUGUUAAAGAUUAAUGUGGAUUUCAUAGAGCUUGGGCCUCCAUUUCUACAUGUAUGAAUCAGUGUUAAUAUCUUCAGUGAUACAUCAAUUCAGUAUUAACACAUGUAUAUGAAUAGGCUUGAGAUCAAAACCUGAUUUAAAUUUAAUUUCAUUUGGAUGAGUUAUUUUCCAUAUGAAAUUAUUUUGUUUAGUUCACACACAUUUAUAUAAAUACAUGUGUAUAUAAAACUUAACUGAUUGAUAUAUUUUAAUACUGGUAGUAAAGCCGUUUCAUAUUUAAUUCCACUUAUAAUAACACUUUAUGAGGAAAAUGAAGGCAUGAUGAGGUGAGCUCUUGGUAAAAUCAGUGUAUUUCACAGUUAGUGAAAGCAGGAUGCUUAUUUUGUGUAGAACACAUGAGGUUUGGUGGUUAGAGAGAAAUGCACCGUACUGAUAUAGUGAGAGUGAUAGAUACAUUCACUGAUAAGAAUGUAGCUAUGCUUAAUUGUCCUGAUAUGUACAGGUGUGAAUAGCAGGAAGUGCUUGACAGUUAUAAACUGGAGUAUAUUCAUCGCUGACAAAUUGGUACUGGUAGGCCCAGAGUUCUACUCCACCCUUCAAGAUAAAUAUUAUUUAGUGUGUCAGUAGAAAAAAUAAGAGCACUUAUAAUGUUUAUCUGAAAAACAAUUCUUCUGAUUUAUGUUUAAAUUAAUGUAUAAAUCAAUAAAUGUUUAAGAAAAAGAA